GCAAUCCUCAUCAGAGGGUACUCACCUGGACUACCUUUAACCGGACCUCUAGGUCCACUGUUUGGUAUGGCACAGAGAGGCUGAACAAAGUUGCCUACGGCGACCAUGGCACUCUCUUCACCGAUGGCGGCCCCGAGAAGAGGUCAAUGUACAUUCACCGAGUGUACCUCAAUGAUCUGGAGCCCAACACCACGUACAAGUACCACGUUGGCUCUGAACUCGGCUGGAGUGAGCUAUUCCUCUUUCGGACUUUUCCUGACGGCUACCAGUGGUCGCCACGGUUCGCAGUGUACGGCGAUCUGGGCAAUGACAAUGCACAAGCGAUGGGACGGCUGCAGAUGGAGGCGCAGAAUGGACAGUACGAUUUCGUGUGGCACUUGGGAGAUUUUGCCUACAAUUUAGAGGACGACAAUGCCAAAGUGGGCGAUGAAUUUAUGCGCCAGAUUGAGCCUAUUGCCGCUUAUGUUCCCUACCUGGUGACGCCAGGAAACCACGAAGAGGCAUACAACUUCUCCAACUACGACAAUCGUUUCACAAUGCACUCUAACACUGGUAACGAAGCAAUCUCCAACUUUUUCUGGAGCCAAAACAUCGGCCCUGUUCACCUGAUUUCUAUCAGCACCGAGUUUUACUACUUUCCAAAGUGGUAUGGCGCUUUACAACUAGACAACCAAUUUCGAUGGCUUGAGGCAGACUUGGAGAAAGCAAAUCGACCUGAAAACAGAGCCCGACAGCCGUGGAUCAUCGUCGGCGGCCACCGGCCAUUCUACGUUAACACCUACAUUGACAGGAAGUUGCAAACGGCCUUUGAGGAGCUUUUCUGGAGAACUGGAGUUGAUAUUUACAUGGCUGGCCAUGAGCACAUUUUCGAUCUGAGCUACCCGGUGUACAGGGAACAGGUGAAGGGCAAAUCGUUCGCCAAUCCAGCGGCGACCAUUUACAUUAUCAGCGGUUCGGCGGGCUGUAUCGCCAAUAUCUCCGAAUUCAGUGCCUGGCCACCGCCGUACACGGCCAAAGUGAGUGGUGAGUACGGUUUCAGCAGCAUGACCGUCAUCAACGCCACGACCAUUCACUUUCAGCAAAUUAACCAUGAACAGGCGUUUUUUGAGGUGGUGCACGACAUGUACAUCACCAAAGAGAAGCACGGCCCCUACCACUGA